UCAUUUAUUUCCAUUCACCAACGUUGCGGUGCGUUUUGGUGGAAAUGGAGAUUUGACCGUGGAGUCGAAAAGGCGGUCCUGAAAUUUAACCCUAGAAACCAAACCUUAACCACGAUCUCUGGUAAAAAAACAUUUUUGGGCGGGAAAACCCAAACUUCAUCGCCUUCUUAUUUCCCUCUGUCGCUUAAAGUUCCAAUUUAUUUACCUACACUUUUGCCUUCGCUCUUUGAGCUAUGCGUCCUGGAGGGAUGACCGUUGGUCGUCGUCGGCGAACUGAACCGGAGGCAAACAAACCCGCCGGCACCGGAGAACAGAAGCGGUCUGCGAAGGAAGACGAAACCGUGAUGGUUUUAAGCGACGAACACAAAGAAUGUACCAUGGAAACGGAGGUUGCUGUGUUACGUAAGCGUUGGGAACUGGCAUCUGUACUGAAUUUCUUGAAUGUUUUUGAGCCAGUAAUCGGGAGCGAUUUGAAGUUAUCUGCGGAAGAGAUCGAGACGGGUUUAAUAAACCCUGACAGUUCGCUUGCUAAGCUUCAUAUCACGCUUCUGAAGGGGAUACCGCCUGUAAACAGAAGUUUGAAUGGUUCUGAUGCCUGGGUAACUGUGCUUUGUAAUAAACUUAUAUCGUGGUGGCCAUGGCUUGCUGAAGGAGAGAUUCCACUGAAGGCAGCCAAAGGAGAGGAGAUAUCUAGAUAUAGAGGACUUGGUCCAACACAACGUUUAUUGAUAUUGAAAGCACUUUGUGAACUACGAGUUGAUCAAGAUGAUACGGUAUCAUAUAUUAGUGAUGCUAUCAAGAAAGGAAUGCACAUCUCUUCUUUUCGUAAAGAUAAGAUAGGAGGAGUUACAAAUGGAACUUCUUACUGGUAUGAUGGAAAUGCAACUAUUGGUUAUAGAUUGUACAAGGAAGUAACCAUGCUGGACUCAAAAGCAAAAUCUAAAGUAAAAGGAUGUUCAAACCUACCUACUCUCAGUUUCAAAUGGGAAACACUAGCAACCAAUCUUCAGGAAUUCCAUAAAGUUACAGAUAAACUCAAAUCAAGCAAAGAUGUAACAGAAGCUGCUGUUGGAUGGACUGUUGAAACUGAUGUCAUUCCUGUUCUUGAGAAUCUUGAGAAGAAAAAAGAAAGAGCAAGGAAGAGGAAACAAAGGCAAGAUAUGUUGCUGAAUGAUAUCAGAAGGUCUUCUGUUGCUGGAGUUACUCGCUCCUGUCGCAACCGUGUCCCUGUCAACUACACUUUUGAUGAGUAUGAUCGAGCCAUUAAUGAGGCUAUACAAAUUACAAAGUUCAGAAGGCUGCAAACUGCUGAAGACAAAAGGCAAGAAAGGAAACAAAGUGAUCAUGGAAGGAGUUAUAUUGCCACUGAUAGUGCUGCAGACAGAAACACGAAUCCAGAAGACAAUUUUGGUGGGGAAACUAUCAAGGUUUUGGACAAUGAUGCUGAUCAUUCAGGUAAAGAAGAUGAUCUUAGCGAUGCUGACACCAAAUAUGAGAUGCUUAAGGAAGUUCAUAGCGAUGCUGAUGACAGUGAUUAUGGUGGCAAAAAAGAUAAUGAUUACAACAUAGGGACGGAUUCCAGUGAUUUUGAGGCGGAUGAGAAUAACGAGCAGAACCAAGAGAAUAACAAGAAGGGAGGAGUUGUGCGGAAGCCUGUAGCUCUAGGGGUACGAUGGAGCACGAGACUAGCUGGAGCUAUUGACCACCCUGUUGUGGAAGAAAGAAACUUGCGCACAAAGAAUAGGUUAAGACAGAGACCCACUCGUAACUCUGCCCUUGAUCUUCUUGUUGUACCAGAUACAGAGGAUGAAAUCUCCUCAAAGAGUUCAGACAGUGGGGAAUCAGGGCGUGAAAACUAAUCUACGAUCCGGCGCAAGUUUUGUGGCAACCAGAUGACUUCGUCUAAAGUGAAACUUGAAUUCACAUGAGUAAGCAUGCAUAAAAUGUUAUUAUUCCUUUCUGGUAGUAUAUAAUAUUAUGUAUUGUAAGGGUAAGUCUGUCAAUUGUAAUUCAUGGCAUUGUAGUUUUGCAUCUGGAGCCAGAACUUGAAAUUUGAUUUCUUGGGUGUAAGAAUUGGUUAAGAAAUUACAUAGCUCUAACAACAUAGAGAUCAACUUAAUUGGCAGGAAUAA